ACCCCACCCAAAAAACAAAAAUAAAAAGGAAAGAAGAAGGGGAGGGAAACCCGACUCCAAUCUUGUGCCAGCUCAAUCCAUCCCAUUUUGAAACUGCAAUUCAGUUGCCAAAACCCUAAUCUCUCAAAUUUGAAUUCUGUCUGAAGCGAAGAAUUCCCAAAUGGGAGCUAUCGCAUCUAAUUCUUCAUCUCCUCAAAACCCUACAAAGAUGUUUAGUAGCUCCAAGAGUGAGAGCGACUCCUCUUAUGACAUUGAGGAUCUCUUACAGAUUGAAACAAGAUGUAAACAGCUAAAAAGAGAAACAAACAUGUUGAGAGAGUCACAAUCUGAAAGCUUUGAGCUGAUUAGGAGAUUAGAGUUACAUGUGAGAACAUUAUCUGAAGCCCGCUCCGAAGACGAGAAACACAUCCAAGAGUUGGAAAGAGAGCUGAGGAACUGUUCUCAAGAAAUAGAUUACCUGCAGGAUCAACUAAAUGCAAGGGAUGCAGAGGUGAAGUGUCUGGGUGAGCAUGUACACAGCCUUGAGUUAAAACUAGCAGACAAGGAUAAUUUAGAGGAUAUGGUUGGCAGGUUAAUGCAGGAACUGAAGAGGUCAAAUUCAGAGUGCAUGCUCUUGAUGCAGGAAUUGGAGAACAAAGAAGUGGAGUUGCAAAUGUCUAGUCUGUGCAUAGAUAAACUAGAGGAGUCUAUUUCAUCUGUAACAUUAGAGUUUCAAUGUGAAAUGGAAAGCAUGAAGCUUGAAAUGAUUACCUUAGAGCAGAGCUGCUUUGAAGCUAAAAAAUUACAGGAUGAAGCCAGUGAAGAAAAAACUAAAAUGAAUGGGUUGAUUCAAGAGUUUCAGGUCCAGCUUCAGGAUGCACAGAAAAUGAUCGAGUGUUUGGAUAAGGAAAAUAAAGAACUUAGGGGAAAGCUUAAAACAUCUGAAAUGGAUGCCAUCUUACUUCGUCAAAAGAUCAAGGAACAUUCAGAAGAAUGGCUGGAAAACAAGGAUGAAUCUGAAUUAAAAACUCAGUCUUCUUCUGGUGAAUUAGAGAGCAAAUUUAACCUAUCAACAGAAAUGAGCACUAGUGCGGAAGUUUUGGUUCCUUUGUUUCCAAAGUUGGCAGUAUCAGCAACAUCAGAUGUAGGUUUGAAGGAGAAGAUGGAGAAGAUGUCACAUCAAAUCCAUGGCUAUGAACUUCUUGUGAAGCAGCUCAAGGAAGAAUUGAGAGAAGAAAAGUUGAAAGCAAAGGAAGAAGCAGAGGACCUAGCUCAAGAAAUGGCUGAGUUAAGGUACCAAAUUACAGGUAUGCUUGAAGAAGAGUGCAAACGCCGUGCUUGCAUUGAACAAGCAUCUUUACAGAGAAUAGCUGAGUUAGAGGCACAGAUUCAGAAAGAACAAACGAAAUCCUAUGCUGCUAUCAGGCGUUUCCGUGAAGCAUAGGAACUGGCUGUACAGAUGUUGUGAGGCCCACCUUUCGGAGCAUUUCUCAAUAGGUUUAUUUCCAGCUCAUCUUCAUCGAAUUGCCUGUAAAGUUCUUCAUAGCCAUAAAUAGCACUUAACAGAAUCAGUGCACUCAUUUUCACAUCAGAGCGAUUUUUGUUCACCUAAAGGUGGUGGUUUAUAUCUUUAAAACUUACCAAAAUACCACUUGCUCCCUGCAUCAACUGAGUAUAAGGCCAUAUUCAAUGCCGUCGUUGUUCCUGCUGCUUUCAGCAUUGAUGUGUGUUGGGUAAGUGGCUGGAUGUCCAACUAUGGUCAAUUAUACAGAUGGCAGAUGGCGGGCUGCAAUAAAGACUUAACAAAUUGUGAGCCCUCACAAAUAUCUGUGCUUACAUCGGCUGAACAUAAAGAAAGUCUUGACUUAGGCAAUUGAACACUGGAAAAUUGUUUCUUCCUUUUAGAGGUGGGAGGAUUUUAUAAUUGUGGUUAUCUGAGAAAGUGAUGAAAUCUGGAAGAAAAGUAAGGGAAAUAUUAGAUAGAAUAUGAGAUCUCCUAGACAGUAUUAUUUAGGUAAAGUAACUAAAACCAAAGACAUCUUUUUUUCUUUUUUUAAUUAUUAUUUGAACCAGUGUUUGAGCAUUUACUCUUGUGCAAUGAAAUUUGUUUCUUUUCCAAGUUCUUUAAUUAAAAAUCUUUGAUCUUCUAAUAUGCUGACAAUUGUAGUUCUGCAGACCUUCCAUACAGGGGCCAUGCAAUAGUCCGGAUGGAAACAACUUCUGGAGUUGUAGAGAGACAGUCAUGAAGUGGGAACUGCUUCCCAAGACAUAUUCAUUAUCCUUUCCAAGCCAAAACAUCUGCGUUGGUUCGAAUCAGUGGAGCAGUUUGUAAGGCAGCCAAAUCAUCUGGAUGCAUGGAGUUGCAUUAUGCAAUGUUCCUCUUCUGCUGCAGCUGGAUUGUUGGGUUGUUUGCUUACAUUUCUCAGCUUCCUAAAGCUUUCUACAUUUGAAAAAACAAUUGGAUAUUUUCUGGGUAUGGUAGAGAAGUGCUGAAUUUUGGUCUUCAUUUUAAGAUGAAGAGAAAUAUACAUGAAUGCUCAUUUUUGAAGAUGAUAAAUUCUGGUCAAGUGCUGAAUGUGCAUUUUUUUUUCCCUCA